CUUUUACCACCGGUACAUUACAUCCCAAAAUCGAUUUUUAUUCAAUACAUCCUGCUUUAUACACUGGCUACACGGAAUUAUUUAAACUGUAAGGACAUACAUGGAUUUGUAAAUUAGGUACACAAAUUGAUCCGCAAAUUUUGUUCGCAAAAAUUACUUGGGAGAGACGUGUGAUUAUUUAAGUCCUUUUGUUGGUUCAUUCAUUGAUGAAUUAUAAAAAAAUUAAAUUAAUUUUAGGGAAAAUACAGCGUUGAUAUUGGUAUGGAGGGCGUUUUAGAAGAGGUUCAUCGUCUUGGAUAUUUCAAAAAUGUUCCAGAUUUUUAUUUGAUGUGGGCAGCUUAUUUGGGAUCAAAGCAAAAUCGAGAAAAUUUUGACAAAAUUGUUCAAAUUUUUGAAGAAAAUUGUCAGCUGAGUUCUUCUAAAUACCAUGAACUUUUUAAGUAUUUUUCUUAA